AUGCCCGGUCCCAUCCUCCGCGUGGCCAUCACCCAGGCUGAGCCUGUAUAUCUCGACCUAGAUGCCACGGUUGAGAAGACGGUAAAGAUCAUCGAAGAAGCAGCCCAGGGCGGCGCGAAGCUCAUUGCUUUCCCGGAAUGCUGGAUCCCGGGGUAUCCGGGGUGGAUAUGGAAUCGCCCCGUCGACCCAGCCAUGAACACCCGCUACAUCCAAAACUCCCUCCGCCUCCACCCCACCCCAUCCCCACAACUCCUCGCCGUCCAAGCCGCCGCAAAACGCAAUUCCAUCGCCGUCGCCCUCGGUUUCUCCGAAGCAACUCCCUCCCACUCCCUCUACAUCGCCCAAUGCCUCAUCUCCCCAGAGGGCGAAGUGCUCCUGCACCGCCGCAAGCUGAAACCCACACACAUGGAACGCACCGUCUUCGGCGACGGGAACAACGACGCCACCAUCGGCCUGGACAACCUGUCCAACGUCGCGGCUGUCGAUUUCGGACAGCCGAUCGGCGCCGUGAAGGUCGGCAUGUUGUCUUGCUGGGAGCAUGCGCAGCCGCUUCUGAAGUACCAUGCGUUUUCUCUGGGCGCGGCCGUGCAUGUUUCCAUGUGGCCUCCCGUGGAUCCGCAUGCGGGCGUCGAUGGCGAGGGCCUGUGGAGCAUGAGCGCUGAGGGAGUCAUGGGCCUUAGCCAGACGUGUGCGGUGGAGGGGGGCUCGUUUGUACUGCAUUGCACGGCUGUGUGUGGGGAGCAGGGGGUGGAGACGCUGAGGACCAAAGGCGGACUGCUUUUCCAGGAGCCGGGCGGUGGGCAUAGUGCGGCUAUUGGGCCGGAUGGGAGGAGGUUGACGAAGGCGCUUGGGAACGGCGAUGCGGCGGUGGAGGGCAUUGUGUUUGCCGAUUUGGAUCUGGAGAGGAUUGUGACGAAUAGGGGGUUUUUGGAUGUUGUGGGGCAUUAUAGUCGGCCAGAUGUUUUGUGGCUGGGGGCUGAUAGGGCGGGGAGGGAGGUUGUGGUUGGUAGGGAGAAGGGCGGGAGAGAGGGAAGGGAAGGGAGAAGUCAAGGGGGUGGAUUGAUUGAUUGA